GGGGCGGAGCUGCGGGCGCGCAGGGCCAGGUGGGAGUGGAGAGGCUGGAGGCGAGGAACGCGGGAGGUGUCCUGAGGGAGCUGUGGAAGUACGCCUCGGACUUAAGAUGUCUUCAGUGGCCAGGCGUCGCAGAAGACAAUAUGGAACAUCUUCAGUAGCUACAAGCAGCAAGCCGUAUAAACCUUUGCUGCCGACUUCUUAUUCUCCCCAAGAGGGCUACUUAGAGGAGGGUGAAGACAUGCUAAGCAUUAAAGAAUUAUGGCAGAAUGUGGCUGAUUAUUCAAAAAGGAAUGAAGAGAACCAUGAGCGAUACCAGUCCACUCAGUUAGGGGAUGCCAGCGGCAGGAACACAUGGAAAGAAGAGCUUUUCCAGCACUUUUACCAAGUGGUUCAGAAAGCCCGUGAUCAAGAGAGGCCUUCAGAUUGCGUUAUUGUUUCUGUCAACAACGAACAGAGGGACUACGCAACAGGCAUAGGUCAUCAGUUGCAGGAUCAUGGCCUUAUGGUGGAAAUGAUUCACCUCUCCUCGGAAUCGAGUCUUACGCGAGCACUCCAGGAAGUUAAAGAUGAUGGGUCCCCGUUUUGCAUUCUUGUCGAACAGUCUAAUGUAGAACUUUCCUCUUGCACCGUAAUUAUACUUGAUGAGUCUAUCAAAAUACAUCGUCAUAUGCCUCUGGAAGAUGCCCUGGUGCUGGUAGCUAAAGAAUACAGGAGAUAUUUCUCUAAACGGGAGCAGCAGGAACAUGCUGGAAUUGCUCUGCGGGCUGGAGAUCUCCUGGACGACUUCUUGGCUCGGGAGCACCUUCCCAGCUACUCUGUCCCUUUGGGCAUUCAGCACCUUGUCUUCCUGUUGACUGAGGGAAAGCAUUUGCGUGGGAAUGAGUUAAACCUGCUCAUUGACUACCUGAAGACCAGGAAAGGGCAACUGAAAGGCUUUGAGACGCCCAAGUCUUUGGCUGGCAGUGAUCAUCCCUCAUUUCAAGGCAGGAAUACCCCAGUGGUGGGCAAGCCGCCUCCACUUCUUCCAACCCCUGGAAAGGGAUCCUUCUCAGGCCCUCAUCCCCCCUUUCCUGCCAGGCCCCCGUUGUUAGGGGACAGACCAGGAGGGGCCCUCCUUUCACUACCAGGAUUGGUCAACCCCAAAGGUCUGUUUGUCCCUCCCCUGCUUCCAGCAGCCCCCUCCAGGAGACCUGUUCCUUUGCGAUGCCCCCAUCCCAAGCGUGCAAAGCGCCCACUACUUGGGGAGAAGCCAGGCCUUCUAGCACCACCGCCAGAUCUCCAGUCAGUGCUGCUCAGGCAGGCAGCUCAAUCCACGUCUUUGCUGAACUAAGGAAAGCUCCCUGGGGCUAGGAAAACAAGGUGGCUGCGGCCCAGAUGGCAGCUUCGCCCUCCUUGGAGGACCGGGUCCCUGUCUGAUCCUGGUGUCCAGGCAGUGGGUGCGAACGUGUUUCCCUUCUGUCUAGUACACGGUCCCUGGCAACGUGUUUCAUGUUUGGAGGUUCUUUGUUCCAAACUGGAGGUUUGUGGAAGAUCAUUGUUACAGAUACUGGAUCUCAAAGUUGUUUGAUUAUAUACAUAUUAAAAUAUAAUAAAAACUUCUAGCUUUUACAUACUGGUUGCCACUUUUUAAGGACUUGUUAUUUUGGAAUAAUUUUAGAUUUACAGAAAAUUCCCGAAGAUAGUACAGUGAGUUCCCUUUAUCCAGUUUCCCCUAAUGUUAGCAUCUUAUAUAACCAUGGUACCUUUACUGGGAAAUUUGCAUUAGUACAAUAAUGUUAACUGUAUUAUAGACUUUUGUUUUAGCAGCUUUUCAGCUAAUGUCAUUUUUCUGUUUCAGGAACUAUUUUGGGUACCACAUUGCAUUUAUACUCCUUUAACUUUAUUAUGUUCCAGUUUUUUUUUAUGAAACAUUUAAAUGUAUAGAAAAUUUGAAUGACGAGUACAAUGAACACCCAUAUACUCUGUAUCAAGAAUUGUUAACAUUCUGCCAUUUCUUAAGUUGUGCAUAUGUCUGUGUAAAUAAAUUUUUUUUCUCAACCAUGAAAGUAAGUUGCAGAGUUCAUGACACCCUACCUUUAAAUACUUA